AGAUUUUAGAAACAAAAUGGACGUUUUUUGGUGAAAGUACGCACAGCGUGAGUGAAAUAAUUUUUAAUAAAAAAGGUAUAUUAUCUAUCUUUUCGUGAAGUAAUAAAUUCGCCAAAAUGAACGCGUUUCCGGGUUCUAUCGCUUUUGAUGAGUACGGUAAACCCUAUAUAAUAUUACGAGAUCAAUUCCAACAAAAACGAUUGACCGGCAACGAUGCAAUCAAGUCACAUAUUCUCGCUGCCAGCCAAAUUGCCAACACCCUUAAAUCCUCAUUGGGACCAAAAGGUUUGGAUAAAUUGAUGGUGAGCCCUGAUGGUGAUGUGACCGUGACAAAUGAUGGUGCAACAAUCCUUAAAAAUAUGGAUGUUGAUCAUGAAAUAGCAAAACUCAUGGUCCAAUUGUCUCAAUCACAAGACGAUGAGAUUGGCGAUGGAACAACUGGUGUUGUUGUAUUAGCUGGUGCACUCAUGGAACAAGCUCAAAAAUUAUUGGACAAGGGUAUUCAUCCAAUUCGAAUAGCCGAUGGUUUUGAAUUGGCUGCUCGAUGUGCUAUUAAACAUCUCACAAGUAUUUCUGAAGCUUUCCCUGUUAAUCCCAAUGAUUUGGAGCCUCUAAUCAAAACUGCAAUGACAACACUUGGAUCAAAAAUCGUAAACAAAUUGCAUAGAGAAAUGGCGCAAAUUGCUGUUAAUGCAGUUAUGGCUGUUGCUGAUUUGGAGAAACGAGAUGUGAACUUUGAACUUAUUAAAGUUGAAGGUAAAGUUGGUGGUCGACUUGAGGACACCGUGCUGGUUCACGGAGUCGUUAUUGAUAAAGAUUUCAGUCAUCCUCAAAUGCCGAAGAGACUGGAGAAUGUGAAAUUGGCAAUUUUGACUUGUCCAUUUGAACCACCGAAGCCAAAGACAAAGCAUAAGCUCGACGUUACUUCUGUGGAAGACUACAGGGCACUUCGUAAUUACGAGAAGGAAAAAUUCGAGGAAAUUGUUAACAAAGUUAAAGAUGCUGGAGCAACUCUUGCGAUUUGUCAAUGGGGUUUCGAUGACGAAGCAAAUUAUCUUCUUCUGCAGAAAAAAUUGCCCGCUGUUAGAUGGGUCGGAGGUCCUGAAAUCGAGUUGAUUGCCAUUGCUACGGGAGGUAGAAUUGUUCCACGUUUUGAAGAAUUAACACCAGAGAAACUUGGAUUUGCAGGAGUCGUGAGACAAUUAUCUUUUGGUACCACCAAGGACAAGAUGCUUGUUAUCGAGGAUUGCAAAAAUUCCCGUGCUGUAACAAUUUUCAUUCGAGGUGGUAAUAAAAUGAUUAUUGAAGAAGCAAAGCGCUCCUUGCAUGAUGCAUUGUGCGCAGUACGUAAUUUGGUGACGGACGAAAGAAUUGUUUACGGUGGAGGUGCUGCUGAAAUUUCUUGUGCCUUGGCUUGCGCGGCGGCCGCUGACAAAAUUAGCACUUUAGAACAAUAUGCAUUCCGUGCAUUUUCUGAAGCACUUGAAUCAAUUCCCAUGUCACUUGCUGAGAAUUCUGGAAUGUCACCAGUUAAUUCUUUGGCUGAAAUUAAAGCACGACAAAUUGCCGAAUAUAAUGCAGCAUUGGGUAUCGAUUGCAUGAAUCGAGGAACUUCAGACAUGAAAGUACAAAAUGUUAUUGAAUCACUGAAAAGCAAGACCCAGCAAAUUCUUUUGGCAACACAAAUGGUGAAAAUGAUCUUGAAGAUCGAUGAUAUUCGUUCUUCCAGUGAAGCAAAUGAAAUGAAUUAAGCAUUUGCAAUAAUUUUUUUUUACAUACACGAAAAUUAUCGAUAUAAAAUUAACACUACGCUUCAUAAUUGCUUAAUUUGUGUUUUUUUUUGUAGUUUUGUUACAUUAAACAAUUUUUUUUUUCAAAUCUCAUGUCUUUGACGUAUUUUAUCACAUUGUCAUAAUUCAUUGUUUUUUUUUCAUUUUAUGGCAGUUAUAAAACGAACAAAGUUGAACAUCUAUUUAAUAUCGUUAGUAAACAAUAAUUAGAAUCCAAAAAAUUUAUUUAAAUAAUUUAUCCAAUUUUUACAAUCAUUAAAUAAAAUGAAAAAAAAGAGAAAUAAAAUUAUCACCGUCGAAAAUAUUUUUUAAUUAUGAUAAUAAAACGACGAUAAAGUAAUUGCUGCUUAUGUAUUCAAGUUUUGAAAUAAAUGAUUUUUAUGAAAUUA